AUGUCUCGUCGCGACUCCCAAGAGCCCGUGGCUCUGCUGCGGCAAGAUGAACGGGAUGAGGAAUCCAAGCCUGACAACAUCGACCUCGAAGCUGAGGCGGCGCGAGAGGAGGAAUCAAGAGGCCAGAAUCUCGACCACGAAUAUUCAGUCUCCAGCACCGUCAAGUUCGCCUGGCUCGGAACCUACUUCUUCUUUUCCCUAUGUUUGACCCUCUACAACAAGACGGUCCUGGGAGUGUUCCAUUUCCCAUGGCUCUUGACUUUUCUGCACACUUCCUUUGCCAGCGUUGGCACCCUCGUGAUGUUGCAAUUGGGCUAUUUCAAGCUUUCACGAUUGGGCCGUCGAGAGCAUCUUGCCCUCUUGGCCUUCAGUGCCCUCUUCACAGCCAACAUUGCUGUUUCCAACCUUUCGCUGGCGAUGGUCUCCGUUCCCUUUUAUCAAACAAUGCGAAUGCUCUGCCCUCUCUUUACGAUUCUCAUUUACCGUACGUGGUACGGUCGCACAUACAGCAGGAUGACCUAUCUCUCUCUCCUUCCUCUCAUUAUCGGUGCUGGCAUGACAACGAUUGGCGAAAUGAGCUUCUCUGAUGCUGGUUUCCUUCUUACCAUCUUCGGUGUCAUUCUCGCCGCUGUCAAGACCGUCGUAACCAACCGAUUCAUGACUGGCUCGCUUUCCCUGCCACCCAUCGAGUUCCUCAUGCGCAUGUCUCCUCUCGCCGCUCUCCAGGCUCUCUUCUGUGCCACUGCUACUGGUGAGGUCAAGGGCUUCUCAGAUCUGAUCAGGUCCGGCGACGUCGCCCUCCCACCAGCCAUCGCUUCUCUGACCGGUAACGGAUUCCUCGCCUUCCUGCUCAACAUUUCCUCCUUCAACACCAACAAGGUUGCCGGUGCCCUGACAAUGACGGUCUGCGGCAACCUCAAGCAGUGUCUCACUGUUCUCCUCGGCAUCUUUCUCUUCAACGUCACGAUCGAAUGGCUCAACGGCUUCGGAAUGGGCGUGACUAUGAUUGGUGCCGCCAUCUACAGCAAGUCGGAGCUGGACAACAAGUUGAAGAAGCAGCAAGCCCAGUACAAGCCCGUUGCCCAGAGCACCUAA